GCGUCUUUUCCCCAGCUCUCGAGGAACGCGUCUUGCUUUCAAAGCAAAUUCUUCCUCCCCACCACCGCUACCUUCUGCUGCCACUUCGACUUCAUCUUCCUCUUCCUCUUCCAUUCUACAUUCUCCAUCCUCAUUCCUCAAUUUCCGUCUCAUCCCCCCUUUCUAUAUCCGUUUCAUAUCUAUCUUCCUCGCCGUUUGCCAUUUUGUAGAAGAGCUUUACCAACAACGUGGAAACAAUUUAGCAGAGGGGGAACUUCAAGAUGUUUGUUUACAAGAGAGAUGGACGCAAGGAGCGUGUGCAGUUCGACAAGAUCACAGCUCGUGUAUCCAGACUCUGCUAUGGCCUGGAUCCAGAGCAUGUCGAUGCUGCAGCUAUCACCCAGAAGGUCAUUUCCGGUGUUUACCAAGGUGUGACCACUGUGGAGCUGGACAACUUGGCAGCUGAAACUGCGGCGUAUAUGACCGUCACCCAUCCCGACUAUGCCAUCCUAGCUGCCCGGAUAGCUGUAUCCAACCUCCAUAAGCAAACGAAGAAACAGUUUUCUUCAGUGAUAGAUGACCUGUACCAUUACCACAACCCGAAAAACCAACGGCCUGCCCCGAUGAUAUCGCAGGGCACGUACGAAACAGUGAUGCGUCAUGCAGAUGAAUUUAACUCCGCCAUUGUCUAUGAUCGUGAUUUCAACUACCAAUACUUCGGAUUUAAGACUCUGGAGCGGUCUUAUCUACUUCGAAUCAAUGGCAAAGUUGCUGAACGACCACAACACAUGAUCAUGCGUGUUGCUGUCGGAAUUCACGGUGAUGAUGUAGAAAAAGUCAUCGAGACCUAUAAUCUCAUGUCCCAGAAAUUUUUCACUCACGCUUCUCCCACACUCUUCAAUGCUGGUACCCCCCAACCUCAGAUGGCUUCUUGCUUCCUCAUCGAUAUGAAGGAAGACAGUAUUGAGGGCAUUUACGACACGUUGAAAACUUGUGCUUUGAUUUCGAAGACUGCUGGUGGUAUUGGUCUCAACAUUCACCGUAUUCGUGGCACUGGCUCUUACAUUGCAGGGACGAAUGGUUCCUCAAAUGGAAUUGUUCCCAUGCUCCGCGUUUUCAACAAUACCGCUAGAUAUGUCGAUCAGGGAGGUAACAAGCGACCAGGAGCCUUCGCCAUUUAUCUCGAGCCGUGGCACACCGAUAUCUUUGAGUUCUUGGACCUUCGUAAGAACCAUGGCAAGGAAGAGGUUCGCGCUCGCGAUCUCUUCCUUGCUCUCUGGACGCCCGAUCUGUUCAUGAAGCGUGUUGAGAAGAAUGGCGAGUGGACUCUCUUCUGCCCCAAUGAAGCACCAGGCUUGGCAGAUGUCUAUGGUGAAGAAUUUGAUGCUCUUUACGAAAAGUACGAAAAGGAAGGCAGAGGCAAGAAAACCAUCAAAGCGCAGAAGCUUUGGUAUGCUAUUCUUGAAGCUCAGACUGAGACCGGUAACCCGUUUAUGCUUUACAAAGACGCGUGCAACAAGAAGAGCAACCAAAAGAAUUUAGGCACAAUCAGAAGCUCUAACCUGUGCACUGAGAUCAUUGAAUAUUGCUCGCCAGAUGAAGUAGCGGUUUGCAACUUGGCGUCUAUUGCUUUGCCGACUUUCGUGGAUCCUGUCAGGGGAGAGUAUGAUUUCGGCAAGCUCCACGAAGUAACUCAAGUUGUCGUUCGAAACCUUAAUAAAAUCAUCGAUGGGAACUACUAUCCAGUCGAGGAAGCGAAGCGAAGCAACUUCCGGCACCGUCCUAUUGCUUGCGGUGUACAGGGCCUUGCUGAUGCUUUCCUUGCUCUGCGACUUCCAUUCGAAUCCCCUGAAGCUAAACAGCUGAACAUUCAAAUUUUCGAAACAAUUUACCACGCAAGUUUGACUGCGUCCUGUGAGCUGGCCAAGAUCGACGGGCCAUAUUCCACCUAUGAAGGGUCCCCAGUCUCUCAGGGUAUCCUCCAGUAUGAUAUGUGGAAUGUCACUCCCACCGACCUCUGGGAUUGGGACUCGCUAAAACAGGAUAUUGCUAAGCAUGGAGUGCGCAACAGCUUGCUUGUUGCGCCCAUGCCUACUGCCAGCACCAGUCAGAUUCUUGGGUUCAACGAAUGCUUUGAACCCUACACCUCUAAUAUCUACUCGCGCCGUGUUCUAGCGGGUGAAUUCCAGAUUGUCAACCCUUGGCUCCUGAAGGACCUCGUGGACAUGGGGCUCUGGUCCGACAACAUGAAAAAUCGUAUCAUUGCGGAUGGAGGCUCGAUUCAGAACAUUCCCAACAUCCCGCAGGAUAUCAAAGCGCUAUAUAAGACUGUCUGGGAAAUAUCCCAGCGAACUAUUGUCCAGAUGGCUGCUGAUCGAGGUGCAUUCAUCGACCAAUCCCAGUCGCUCAAUAUCCAUUUGAAGGAGCCCACUAUGGGUAAGAUUACCAGCAUGCAUUUCACUGGCUGGAAACUUGGCUUGAAGACCGGAAUGUACUAUCUCCGUACAAUGGCUGCUUCAGCUCCAAUUCAAUUCACCGUGGACCAAGAACAGCUCAAAGUUGCAGACACCAACGUUGCGCGUGUCAAUGGUGCGAUGAAGAAGCGUGGUGGCGUUUCGUCCAGUUAUACUAGUGCCUACUCCUCUGUUCCUCGACCCAUGUACGAUCAAAUACAGACCAAUGACCAGACGUCAUCCAUGUCUAAAGGAAACACCAUGGCUGCUGACCUGAGCUCGAAAACUAUUUCCCCGGAGCCCACUGUUUCCCAGCAGAGUGGUGAGUUGACGUCAUCGCAAAAUACCAAGGCCAAGGCCAACGGAUCUGGUGAUUCGACGAAUGGAGAGGUUGGCGGUGAUGAAGAGACCGAAGGGGAUAUAUAUUCGCAGGAAGUUAUUGCUUGCAGUAUUGAGAAUCCCGAGUCCUGCGUGAUGUGCAGUGGUUAAACGAGGUGCAUAUGCUCUACUAUUGUCAUGUCACGCACAAUAUCAGAAUCAAACGACCACACACCACCGAUCGAUGUAUGGACUACGUGCCUAUAAGACUACCUAUCGCAUCAACUACCACCCGGUAUAUUGAUCGAUUGACCAAUAUUCCUUUUCCUUUAUUCUAUUUUUAAUCAUGUCGUCAUCUGCCCUGGCCUAAUUCCCCUUUUAUUUUAUUUUAUAUUUUUUAUUUCCUAUGCCACAUCGUCACUGUAAUGAUAGUUAUUCAUGGAUAUGUAUGAGCUCUAAUGCUAUUAUUGUCUUUCUUCAUUGUCUGUCUGCGCUUCUGGUUUUGGUUUUGCUUGUGCUUUCUGCUAUGCAUUUAUCAGUUCGUAACCCUCACCCACCCCCCUUAACGUGGCAUCGUUAUCCUACAUCUUCUAUACGAAACCUACCCUUGUUUUGCCAUUUAUAUAACUAUUACAUUGCAGCUCUGUCCGGUUUUUAUCUCUUUCUAUCUUUUCUCGCCGUUUUGCUUUUCUCGCUUAUGUGUUCAAUGUGAAAAUAGAAACUAGUACCCCGCGAAUUUAUGUUUUAACAAAUACGAUCUUCCCUCCGAGCUUCCUUCUUUGUGUUUUCUUGUCUUUUCUUUUCUUUUCUAUUUUUGUUUUAUUCACAUCGCCCUCGUACCUUUUCCCUUCCCUUCCCUCUCAGUUGGGAAAUGAAAGUGACAAGAAAUGAGCUAUGAAAAGCAUGCUCUACUUAUUAUUAUUAUAAGUCCGGACACGGACGUUUUAGUUGCCCAAGUAGGUUCUGACGUUUAAUAUUCCUCUCUCAUACAUAGGCUGUAUGUAUUACACACAGCUUACCGUACGCACAGUAUAGAAUACAAUCCGGGCGGAUAUGCAUAGCAUAAUCUUUUACCAAUCCACCUCACCCUCCAGUUAGUUUGAUUUAUCUUAUUGAUAGAAACGAAGCAGCAAACUACCUAUGUAGUACUCCGCACAUAUAUGUACAGUACGUACCGUAGAUACGUACAUACCUAUGAAUAAACAAAAAACCGAUCCACAGGGCAGAAAUAUACUCUAUCAAGCCCAUCAUCUAUUCAAACUUUCAUACAAACUAGGAGACAAAAUAGGGCAGAAAAGGAGCAACCUAAGAAAAGGGAAAAAAAAAAGAAAAGAAUGCAAAAGACGAGAAAAAGAGGGGGAGCGACAGAAGAUAAAUGUUUUUGUUACAAAGUAUAGGGAACAAAGACAAAACGUAGGUGGAAAGCCGGUAUGUCUGUCUAUACAUCAUCGUCGUCGUCGUCGUCGUCGUCGCUAUCUUCUUCCUCGAUAUCAUCGUCACCAUCGUAAUCGUCAUUGGUAUUGAUAUUAUCACCACCCUCGCUAGCAACCAUCGACGGCGUCUGAACAGAGGCUAGCUAUCAGCAUGGAGCUUUAUCGCAAUAAUGACGGGCAUCUAUCUAACCUGCACAAAAGGGGUAAAAGCAGGGGAGAGCGAAAAAAAAAAAAAAAAAAAAAAAAAGAAAAAGAAAAAGAAAAAGAAAAAGAGUAACCCCUUAAAAAUGAUAUCCACAUACCUGUGUCAUUUUAUCCAUCAUGACUCUAGGCAGCCUGACAACGGAUGGAGGAGGCGCAUACCGCUCAGUACAUGGUAUCCCCAUUAACCGACAGUACUCUAUCAGAUCGCGGAUUUUCCUCUCAACAAAUACUUCCCGGUCUCGUAUAUAGUAGUCACGGUCUGCAGCGACCGCUGCCAACCACAUUACGCGCUCGUCCCUAGAGACCACCCUACCCCAGCAAAAAUUGUCAAGAAUGCUCCAGUAUACGUCGUCCAGUAUGGCACCCAUGCGACACGCGAG